AUGAAUAAACCUACUGAAACUAAUGUAACCAAUAUAAAUGUUCAACCUACUAUAACUCUCCAAAGGGGCAGAAGCAAAGAGAAGAUUAAUGUAACAAGUGAAACACCUACUAACAUUGAUUCUGAAACCAAUAAUUCCAGCACUUCUAAUUCUAAUGGAAAUAUUGUAAAUACUACAAAUACUCAAUCUACUAUAACCCUUCGAAGAGGCAGGAGCAAAGGAAAGUUUAAAGUAACAAAUAAAGCUCUUAAUAAUAUUGAUUCUGAAACCAAAAAUACCAGUACCUUUAAUGGAACAAAUGUAAAUACUACAAAUGCUCAACCUACUAUAACCCUUUGA